AUGGGAGCUUUAAAAUGUAUAACUAUUAAUUUGCUAUGGAUUUGUAUAAUUCUUAUGGCAAUAACAUUUUUGCCUGGACUGCCGCCAAACAUCGAGUUUACAUCAUAUACUUUUAAAUUACCAAAUUAUCCGCACUCAUAUACAGUUAGUAAUUUAAGUAAAGCUGAAAAAGUCUUUAAAGGAAAAAUUGUAGGACCUGAAAGUUUUGAUGCUUAUGAUGGAAUAUUGUAUAUCUCAAUGUACGGAGGGACAGUUUCUAGACUCAUCGACAAUAAUCUUGAGCAGCUAGUAAAAUUUGGAAAAAGUUGCGAUCACUCAUGGGAAGAAGACAUUUGUGGUAGACCUCUAGGGCUAAAAUUUGAUGAUAAUGGAAAUCUUUAUGUUGUUGAUACAUAUUAUGGUAUUUUUAAAGUUAAUAUUACUACAAAGAGAUAUGAAAAAAUUGUAGACAUCACAAUACCUAUUGACGGAAAAGUACCCAUGAUACCUAACAGUAUAGAUGUUGCUAAGAAUGGUGAUCUUUAUUGGACUGAUUCAAGUUCAGAUUAUAAACUUUACGACGGAAUAUUUUCGAUGUUGAGUAAUCCAAGUGGGCGAUUAAUACACUUCAGCGCAAAAACUAAAAAAAAUACAGUUUUAUUAGAAAAUCUUGGGUUUGCAAAUGGCAUAAAACUUAGUGAUGACGAAAGCUUUAUAUUUGUCGCUGAAACACUUACGUCUCGAAUAAUUAAAUAUCAUUUAAAAGGACUAAAAGCUGGGAAAAGUGAAAUUAUUAUUGAAGGCUUACCAGGACUUCCUGAUAAUAUUCAUUCAGAUAACCAUGGUAAUUUCUUCGUUAGUCUUAUUGUUAUUGCAGAUGAAGAAAAUCCUCAGCUUCUACAGUCUUUAUCUCCUCAUCCUUAUAUUCGCAAAUUAUUUGUUCGUCUUUUAACAUUACUGGAACUUCCGUUUAAAUUUUUUUACAAAAUUUAUUCUAAUGAUUGUUUCAAAAAAUUUUAUCUUUGGAUUGGACACUUUCAAAGUUUUUCAUUUUUAAUGCCACGCUCUGCAAUUGUUCUCAGAAUUAAUGAACAUGGGAAAAUUCUCGACAUACUAGAAUCGAGGAGCGGUGACAUUUCGGACAUCAGUUCUGCUUUUAUCUUGAAUGAUUAUCUGUGGCUUGGUAGUCCAUUUAACGACUAUCUUGGCAAAAUUUCUAUGAAUCAAAUAUUCCCAAUACUUGAAAAACAAAAUAUCAAAUUUGAAGAAAAAAAUUUGCUUGAUAAUAACACUAAAAAAAAAUAA